AUUUUGUUCCAGUUGAUCUUCGACGAGUUCCAAGUAGGCAGAUACGAGUCGUCAGCCCUUGACGGCUGCCCAGAUGGCUACAUGCAGCUGAGCGAAUUGGGUCGGCCCUUUACCGGGGGCAGUUGGUGUGGCAGCUCGUCGGGCCCAGCUGCAUACUUCAGCGAAACCGCUACGGUAACAGUGAGCGUGAAGCUCUUCGGGGGCCCCGGCGAAGCAAGACAACCACCAUUUGCUUUUAAGUUAAGGUACCGAUUUGUGGCCAAAGGAGAGGCCGUGGUCAGGUUCGGGUCACCGGCGGCGCCACUGGAGAGAGGACAAGUGGCACCUGGGACGUACUGCACAAGACAGUUCGAAGAGUGCUACAGAAAGCCAUGUCGUCUGCAGUCGCCCAACUAUCCAGGAAUGUACCCACGCAACGUCUCUUGUUACUGGAGCCUGAGGCAAAAGUUUGUGCCCACUUGUAAGCACGCUAUGAUAGCAGUACGUCAAGAAGCGGCUCACAAAAUGCACAUGAAAAGAUCUAUCAACGUGGCCGGUCUCAAUAAAACAGCCCGAGCCCUGAGAGCCUGGAGAGACUGCACCGGAGAACGGGACCACUUGAUCUUCUACGAUGGUGGCUCCACCAAUGAUCCAGUGUUAGCCAAGUACUGCGGAGGCGAUUGGCUGCCAAGGGUGGUGUCCAGGGGACCGGAGAUGCUGGUAGCCUUCCAUUCUUCCCCAUUCAGCAUCCCCUUGCACUCUCCACCUUCACAUUCACCCCUUAGGGGAUUCGAGCUGGACGUAGAUGUCAUUUUUGCUGAUUCCGAUUCUCUGGAUUAUUCUAGGCACAGCACCAAGUGUGAGUUCGACGUUAACGCCACCAGUCCUGAUAGCGACGAAGUGUGGACAGGUCGAGGACGCCGGGAUAGACUGAUCAGUCCUAAGCACUCUCUACCACCUAAUACAACCUGCACCUACAAGUUUCGGGGGUACCCAGGAGACUUGGUGUGGGUCAGCUUCGUCUCUUACAGCGAACGAGCUUUGCUGGUGGGUGAAAGUGCGCAUGCGUUGAUCACUAAUGGUUCUUCAGGCAACAUCUGCUCUACAAGGCUGAGAAUCUGGGACGGUACUACAUUGAUCGAGGAUAAGUGCGACGAUCCACCCAAGUUGUGCGAUCAUAGUGCUUUGAGUAAUGCUACUAGGAUCACCAGGCCCUGCUCGAUUGUGUCGGAGAGUUAUUUGUCGACAGAUAGAUACUUAACUAUAGAACAUCACACUGAAGAUGGCACUGCUCUACAUCCAGCUUCCUUCAAACUCAAGUACGAAUUCGUCGACACCAGACUAGGUGGAGAGAAACUCCUAGAAGUAGAGGAGCCAGGACCUUGCAACAGGGUGUUCCGAAAGCAACAUGUCGGUGAAGUAACAUCACCAAGAAACGUUUUUCUUUAUGGCAGAGGAGGUGCUAAAGACCUGCAUUGCGUGUACAGAUUUGAAGCAGGAGUGGAUGAAAGAGUGAAGCUCACAAUCAACAAUGCUUCCUUUGGUAUGAUGCCUUCUUGUGACACUAUAAACGAUCCUCAUACUGGAAGGCAGGCAUGCGAGUACGAACCUGGAAGCAGGAUUGCAAGGUUGAACAUUUUCGAAAGGCCCUGGAAGGACACCUUGGUGCCUAAAGCCUGCAUCUGUGACAACUCGACUCUGUCCAGCAAAUCUAUUGUGUUCGUUUCUGCGUCCAGAACUCUAGAGCUCCAUUUUACUGCCAAAGAUAUGAACAUCACUGAAGACUUCACCAUGAUACAUUUCCAUGCCUUGUUCGAGUUGGUCAAGAUGAAGGAUUGCCCAAGAAAGCAGAAGCUACGAGGUUUUGGUGGAGAUGUCCAGUUUAACAACCCACCUGUGGAGAGGACUGAGAGCUUAUGUUUAGGUAUGCCUUGGCUCAUAGAAGCCAGAUAUAACCGAAGCUUGUUCCUACUGAGUUGGGGAGCGUUCUUGUCCCUGAAACCUAGGGCUGAAGAGCAGCUGAGAUGUCCAACGUCCAAUCGCAUCAUGAUAUACACAGGAAAGCCUCCAAAACUGAUCAGAGUUGUUUGCCCAGCAGAGCCUGGUUCGAGACCACUCGUCAUUCAGGUGUUUAGCGAAGAUUGGUAUGGAGAAUCACAACCUCACAUGAUUCAACGCCCUCCCAGCUUCCUGGUGGAAUGGAUCGGCCAGGAACCUGGAGCGGCCGCCUUCAGCUGGCUGGAGAUCACCAGGUCCCGUUCCUCCCUCCUUCAGCAGCUCCAGGUGCCUGUCAACGCCAGUGCCAACGACACAGAGCUGGAGUGCGCGUACAGGUGCCCCGAGUUGAUGGACGCCUGCAUCAGCGCGUCGCUCUGGUGCGACGGCAAGGAUCAUUGUCCUUCAGGAUACGACGAGAGCGAGUCACAGUGUGGUGCUACUUCUAGGUUGCUGAAUUCGUUGCCGCUGUCGGCGCUUGCUGCUGGAAUCGCAGUGGUAUCCUCGAUCAUCCUUCUAGUAUGCCUGACUCUCCACAGAGUGCGGGCUCGUCGCCGGCGCCGCUUAGCCAAGAAGAAGCUGCUGACGGGCCCCCGACUCCUGGACCCGGGCCUCAACUCCUGACAUAAAACGCCCCCCGUCGAGUACAUCCACGUGGACCGAGAGACGACCGUAUGAGGUUCGCUGUGCCCCUGCUCCGUCCCUGUGCUCAUUUUUUAUCUACCGGUGCCUUUCAGUGACUACGAACGACAGCGGUCUCUGCGGUCUUGCUCUUCCUUCAGAUAGAUGGGUGUUAUCAGACAAACUGGAGUCGCUCUACUUCAGGUUUUCCUACAUAUAAAGUAUAGAUAGAUUUGAACUACAUAGCGAGGAUCUCAGACAAUGAAAAAUCACAUAAAUAACAGGUUGGUGAGUCUUCAGCCUCUUAUGAGGCAGGAAGUUAACCACCCGUUAUAUUUUCUAAAGCUUAGUACGCUUAUGCUAUUGAAUUAACUAUAACACGAAGAGGAAAAUAAAAACACGUGCAUUCUAGUUUAAAUUUGACACAAUCGUUUUACCAAAAAAAUAACCUAUACAUUGGAACUUCGUUCACACGUUUGGAAAAAGCACAAAAUCUUCAUUGCGAUAAUCCACGCUUAUUAUUUCAGCAGAUGACUUUUUAAGAUGUAGAGAUACUGAUUUUGUUCAUUUUGGAGUGCAAAGCUAAAUACUUAAAAGUCUAUUAAUUUUAUUCUUUUCUGUUCAAGACUAUAUGCUCCACAUCAGUGUUACAUUUAAAAGAAGGUCAUCUUAUCGCUCAAUAGCUUCAUCUAUACUAAUAAAAACAUAAGUUGACGAUUGCAUAUUCGCAUAUUGAGAAAAUUUUACACACAAUUACUACGCAGCCGGAAGAUCACAGGCAGUGUGAAUGGCAACAUUGAUUCGGAAGUUCCCAUCCAAAUGCUAUGUGAUUCACUCAUAUUGAGAAUUAAGAAUUGACGGUUGCAUAUUCACAUAUUGAGGAAAUUUUUACUGAGGAAGUAUCUCAAAUAUACAUACACACGAUUAUUACUCAACUAGAAGAACACCGGCAGUGUGGAUGGGAACAUUGGUCUGGAGGGAGACAUUCAAAUGAUUUGUGCUUAAUCCGUAUUAAAAAUCAAAGAUUGACGGUUGCCUAUUUAUACACUGAGGAAUUUUUUCUUAGAGAAGUAUCUAAAAUAUACAUACAUGCGAUUACUACGCAGUCGGAAGAUCCCAGGUAGUGUGAAUGGCAACGUUGGUUCAGAGGCGCCCAUUCAAAUGUUGUGUGAUUCAUAUGUAUUAGAAAUUAAAGAUUGAUGGUUGAACAUUCAAAUAUUGAGGUAAUUUUCAUUGAGCAAGUAUCUCACAUAUACAUACACCCGAUUAUUAAAAUCACAAGCAGUGUGAAUGGCAACAUCGUUUCGGAGCAGCCCAUCCAAAUGACGUGUGAUUUAUCCGUACGAAGAAUUAAAUAUUAACGGUUGUACAUUCACAUAUUGAGCAAAUUUUUAUCGAGGAAGUAUCUCAAAUAUGCAUACACAUUAUUAUUACGCAGCUGGAAGAUCACAGGCAGCGUCAAUGGCAACAUUGCUUCGGUAUCCUAGUUGUAUGUGAUUUAGUGAAGUACAUUAUGUGCUAUGCGCCUCAGGAUAUAAAAGUACCCGGCCAAUAAUGGCAUACUUUCGCACCAAGGUGUGUUUUAAGGUUGGCUAAAUUAAAGAUCAAAUCUUUCCGGACAAGAUCGCGAACAGUAUUUUGUUUUUAUUAUAUUUUAAAUUCCCGUUUAUGAUUGACAUAGCGUAGCACAAACAUCGCC